GAUUUUUGAAAAUAGAGAAUGGAGGCCAGUUUAUGGCCAGUAUUGCUAAGUAUAGGAUGCAAUAUCUCUCCAAAUUGCUCGGAUUGGAGUGUAUAUUCAGGAAUGAUUGCUUUUGGAGCGGGAAAAAAUGUGGCUUUAUACGAUCCAUUACAUCGAUAUUGUCAAGGAAUUGUUGAAAUUAUGAAAGGUCAUACAGAUUUUGUUACGGUUGUUCGUUUUUUUAGGGGAUUUUUUGAUGGUAAAGAGGGUAUUAUUUCUGGAUCAGCAGAUUCGAAUAUUCGAAUAUGGAAAAAAAAAGGAAAUUAUCAUGAAUGUGUUUAUACAAUUGUUUAUCAUACGGGCUCUAUUCAUAUUAUUACAGUACAUGAUUCCUAUGUUGCUAUAGGUUCAGCAGAUGGUUUGAUAUCAAUAUGGAAAAUUAGUGAUAAAGAUACACAAGAUUUGGUUACUGAGAAAAUACAAGUUAUAGAAAGUGUUAAUAUGCUUCCUUUGGCUAUGUGUUUUCAUGUUUUGUCAAAAUCGUUGAAUAUGGUACUUGCAGUAGCAGGUUCGUCAAAUUUUAUUGAUAUUUAUGUUUCUUCUAUUAUAGAGGGAAGCCUUGUUUUUUCAUAUAAAUCAUCUAUUGAGGGACAUCGUGAUUGGAUUAGGGGUUUGGAUAUUACAGUUGAACAGAAAACGGGUGAUUUGCUUCUUGCAAGUGCAAGCCAGGAUAGAUAUGCUAAAAUUUGGAGAAUAACUCGGAAUUUUGUAGGGAAAAAUGGGAGAUUAAAUAAUUCUAUAUCUAAAAAUCAUGAUGAUGAUUUUGAUUUAUUUCAAACAAAUAAAAUUUUUAGUUUUUCGCUAGAAAACGAUAAAAUGCAUGAAUAUUCUAUAUCUUUUGAUGCAUUAUUGAUGGGUCAUGAUGAUUGGAUAUUUACCUGUUUAUGGCAUCCAUAUGGUGAAUUAAAGUUAUUGACUGCAUCUGCAGAUACUUCAUUAAUUAUAUGGCAUCCUGAUCAUCACUCAGGAAUCUGGAUUUCUUCAUGUCGUGUUGGAGAAAUUGCCUCUUUAAAGGGUGUCACUAGUGCUGCAGGAGGCUUUGGGGGGUUUUGUGGAGCUCUAUGGGGGCCUAAUGGCAAAAGUAUUGCAUGUUGGUGCAAAAGUGGAGGGUGGAAGAUAUUUUCAAAUAUAGAAGACAAUUGGAUACAAAAAUUAUCCAUUACUGGGCAUACAAAACCUGUAAAAAGUAUAUCAUGGAGUCCAUGCGGUGAAUUUUUUGUUUCAUCUAGCUUAGAUCAAACAACUAGACUUUUUUCUCCAUGGACUCGCUUAGAUGAGAAUGGAAAUUUUCUAGAAACAUGGCAUGAAUUUUCAAGGCCACAAAUCCAUGGUUAUGAUAUAAAUUCUGUUUGUAUGCUCGAUAAAUGGAAAUUAGUUAGUGGUGCUGAUGAAAAGGUUAUUCGAAUCUUUAAUCCUGUUAAGCAUGUUGCAUCUUUGAUUACUAAACUUUCUAAUUUAAGUCUUGAUAAGGAAAUUGAAAAACUUUCUGAUAUGGCUAAUGUCCCUUUACUUGGUUUAUCUAAUAAAGCAGUUAGUAUCAAAAAUGAAAUUUCCAAUGAUGCAUUGGAUUUUUCUAAUGAUAAAGAUACAUUGAAUGGUUUAAAUUAUGGAACUUCUAAAAAUUUUGAUAUUAGUCUAGAAACACCUCCUUUUGAGGAGUAUCUUCAAAGAUAUACACUUUGGCCAGAGAUUGAAAAGUUAUAUGGUCACGGAUAUGAAAUUAUAUCUGUAGCAUCUAGCCAUGAUAAAACUUUAAUUGUUACUACGUGUAAAGCGACUACUCCAGAACAUGCAGUUCUUCGUUUAUUUGAUACAUCUACAUGGCAAGAGAUUUCCCCUCCAUUAGCAGCGCAUAGUUUAACUGUAACACGAGUGAAAUUUUCUAGUGAUGAUAAAUAUAUAUUAAGUGUUGGAAGAGAUAGGAAAUUUGCAUUAUUUUGUAGAACAGAUGAAAAAAAUAUUUAUAAAUUAAUAGAAGCAAAGACUGCACAUUCAAGAAUUAUAUGGGAUUGUUGUUGGGCCCCUGAUAUAGUAGGAAAUGUAUUUGUAACGGCAUCAAGAGAUAAAACUUUGAAGGUGUGGAAAUUUGAAACUGAAAAAAUGAAAUGUGAAUGUAUCACUAUUUUAAAACUUUCAUAUGCUGUUACUUCUGCAGAUAUCUGUCCUUAUAUGAUAAAUGAUUCAUGUUUUUUGGCUAUUGGUAUGGAAAAUGGGCUCAUUGUUAUUUUAAAAUCCAAUGAAAAAGACAUUUCUCAAUGGGAAAAAUCACUUAAUAUUAAUGAACAAUUAUUACCUGGAGGGUUUAUAUCUCAGAUUCAAUGGCGUCCUUAUUCAAAGUUAAAUAUACAUUAUUUUGUAAUUGCCAGUGAAGAUCAUUCAGUAAGAGUAUACGAAAUUAAAUUUUAAUUUUAAACAUUUAUUAUCAUUUAAUGCAUAAAAUAUAUUAAAUGAUUUAGUAUAUUUUUUUAUUCUUAAGUAUUAUAUUAUUUAUUUAUUACCAUUUUUAG